CUUGGACGACCACCACUGCACGCUCAGCGGUCCAUGUCCUCUGACUACGACUUUCGCCCAGGCGGCUCCCUCAAGCUCAAGGGGGGCGUCAAGGAUGGCGGCAUCGUGAAGAAGAAGAAGAAAGUCAAGAAGGAUAAGGAGAAGGCUCCUUCUCCUGACGAAGAUCGCGUGCAGGCUCUAGAGCGCGCCAUCCAAGAGGAGAAGGCGCGAUCUGCGUCACCGGUGGGCAGCGGCCGUAACUCUCCGGCGGUCGCAGGUAGCAGCAAUAGCGAGAGGAAGACGGCUGCGGAGAAAAGGUUUGAGGAAAUCCAGAAGAGAAGGUUGGCGGAGAAGGUUGCGAGGUUGGCCAGCAAGAGCCACAAGGAUCGGGUCAGCGAAUUCAACGCAAAGCUCGAGGCACUCAGCGAACACCACGAUAUACCCAAGGUCGGACCAGGCUAAUGCAUGCUCUAUCCUGUACGAGUCGUAUCCUUGUGUUUCCUGUGCUACAAUGGCAUUGCUCUCUAUCCUAUCACCGACCUUGUAAAUCUGAAUGCUUCUAUUGCGCUGCGUCUUGCUCGCAAGAAAUCAUGAAUUUACUAUCCCGUAAGAUAACUAGUGUGUUGGCCUGUGUUUGUACACUAGAUAUGACGGAAUAGAUGGUGGGCCUAUAAAC